AUGGAAAAAAGAUCUACUGAGGAAGAAGGAUGGGUCCUGCGGUCACGUACAGAGGCGUCUCGUGACGAGGGAGGACUGCUGCUCGGGAGUCCAACGUCGAGGGUGGAGUUCCCGCACGCCCUCCAACGUGUCUCCACGUCCUCCUCCUCCUCCUUCAGCCCAGUGUCUUCAAGCACUUCCAAUUCGGUCUUGACGUGCUUGCCAUGUUCCACGUUAUGCGAAGGAGUGAAGUGCGGAGAAGACCGUAAGUGCGUGGUGCGUUGUGGGGCACCGAGGUGCGUCUGCAGUCCCCAGUGUCACCUGAAGCACAAAGAACCAGUCUGCGGCUCCGACGGGCGCACCUACUCUUCAGAAUGCCACCUUCUGAAGAGAGCCUGCAGGAAGAAGAAGCGGGUUCUGGUGGCACAUUACGGACCGUGUCAAACCUGCAGCGGACUGAGAUGUCGAGGAGGAAAGCAGUGUGUGCUGGACGAACAGAUGACACCCAUUUGCAUCAGAUGCCCCGCGGCGUGUCCAAAGAAAGACAAAAGGCCCUUGUGCGCCGCCGACGGUCGCACCUACACCUCCCGAUGCCAGCUGAAGCAGGCUUCCUGCAGGGCUGGCUCUCUCAUCCCAAGGGCUUACAUGGGUCCCUGUCGAGACUCGCCAACCUGCGACACUGUGAGAUGUUGGGGAAACCAGACUUGCCUCACGAGCGUCGAAACAGGUCAGCCCCAGUGCACGGAAUGCGACGAUCAUGCGUGCCGCCCCUCGACCAGGCCCGUUUGUGCCUCCGACGGGCGCACCUACCCAUCCUGGUGCGCCUUUCGUCAUGAGGCCUGCCGCUCCGGGAGAGCGCUGACGCCAGCUCUUCAUCAGCAUUGCGCUUCGAAUCACACAAAAGCGGACGACUGCAAGCCCUCGAAGGCCCACGGCAGCGGCAGGGGAAGCGGCGGCGGCGGCAGCAGCAGCAAAAAGUCAAGGAAGCACAAAAGUCGGCAGCAGGAGCUGGAGGAACAUCAGAAGGAGGAGCUCCUGCAACAGCAAGCUUUAAUGAAGCAAGUCCAGCAGGAUUUCGCCACUUUGCAGGAGGCCGUCCUCCUCGGAGACGAUAACCCGAGCAUCAUGGACGGCGGAGGGGGAAGUGGCCAACAGCUCCCCGAGGAAAACGCCACCAAAGAAAAGGGAAAGAGAAGCAGAAGGAGGAAGAAAAGUAAGCAAAGGCCUUCCAAAAUGCGAGAAAAGCCGCAAACGAAGAAGAAAAGACCAGAAGACCAGAAAGGAUAAUGCAUGAUUGUUCUCCCGCGAAGGUCGAGAAGCAAAGCAAAAAGAGGAAAGAAGAGAAACGGGAGGAAGAAGAAGAAGAAGAAGAAGAAGAAGACUGUGAAUGAGGAGAAGAAGACAGAAAUGAAAACUGGAACAAAAGAAGGAAGUGUUCGGAAAGAAGUCCAGUGAGUAACAGUCAGCUUUCAAAGAAAAAGAAGAAGAACUGGUUUUAAGGAAAACGGAGAAUAGUUGUCAAAUUUACCUGCACAUUUUUCGAUGUGUGGAAAUAUUGUACUGCAUUAUUUAGUCAUUCUUUGUGUUUUCAAGUGCCAUGAGCAAAUGCGAACUGGUAGCAGGAGGAUUUUGAUGUGUCUACGAGUGACCAGGUCAAUGAUGCCAGAUACCGCGUUCAAGUAAGCUAAUAGAUAUUGAUGUGGUUUUACAAAUAGCUUCGUGUACUUUUAUGUAUUUACAAAUGCUUGAGAAAUCUGAUUGGUUCUCAAGUAACGAUAAAUUCCAGUGUGGUAGAAAAGAAGUGGAUUUUAUUGUAACAGUAGUCAAUUCUUAAAUAUUUGCAAAGUGGAUUUUAAAUGUUUUUAGUAAAGUAUCAGAUGCAGAUGGUUUCACAAACAAAUCUAUUUUCUGUUUUCGCCAAAGGCUAAUUUGAUUACGAUGGCUUCUAUCAACUGUGGUAAAUUCCAUUAUUCGAUUAGCCUUAAUGUUCUAUUCUCUACACAAAAAUUCAAGAAAAGCAAAGGCUCAUGAACACUGUUGAAAAAUCUGACGGUUUGGAAUGGUUCAGCUCAUGGGGGCAAGAAAUGACGUUGAAUUUUAUUAACUUGGAAAUCAAUCAAACGAAAUUACAUUUUACGUGUCAAAUUCUCAGGUCUGGAAUACUGGAAAUUAGUUUGAAAAUAGUUAGGUUCAUUUAGGUGGGUUUAGCAGUAGCUCAUUAAAGUGUGUUUAUUGUCACCGAAGUUCACGAUAGAUGAGUCCCAAAAGUGGAUUACGUGUGCUUAGAUUCUUGUAUUAUGAUUUACUUCGAGUUGAUAUUUUGAGUACAAUUAAAUUUUAAACGUGUCGGAUUUUCAGUAAGUUAAAAUAUAAAAUUGUAUUCGUGGAUAACACGAAGUAAAUAUUAAGGUAAGACGCUUAAAUCCUGAUACAGAAAGCUCUGUACUCGUGAUCUACUUCUGGGUGGGUUUGCCUAAGCAGAUUCUGAUCAAGUCAGGAAAUGGCUAACCAGCGAAGGAAAGGAAUCCUUGAAAAUGAAGGUCAUUGCCAGUAUUUUAGCGAAUUAUAAAUUUCAGUUAGAAUGAGAAAAAUAUGGAUCCCAUCGAUACGUUAAAGAAUUCCAGUGCCUUUCCAAGCACAGGAUUGAGAUCUGAUUUUGGAAAUAAAUAGUGGUGUUUCUUAAAAGGAGUAAGUAUAACUAUAGUAGUUGUGUGAGGUCUGAUGAGCCUGUAAAUACAGCUUGUAUACACGUAAUAGUGAAUCAUCAACGUUCAGUUUAUAUGGCUCUGUUUAUUUAGUAUACUUAUACUUAAUGUGUUAGAAUUAAAGAUGCACUACAGUGCUCUAGAAUUAAAGAUGCACUGCAGUGUUCUAUCUUGUGCCAUGCCAUAACUUGAGCACCAUAUCAGGGAAGGAUCUUCGCUGAACUUUUCCCCCUUGUCACUGUUGGUUGCCCGUAACUGUUACAUAACGCAUUUAUUAGGUUAAAGGAAGACAGUAAUAGUAAUCAACGAAAUACGAGCGAGUGAGAUACCCUUAUUGGUAUAGAAAAUGUGAUUAGGGACAGUGAAAUAUUACGCUCUUGUACAAUAUUAUCCAGAUCAACACUACUGGCAUCAUUACCAUUAUUGAUACCAGUUCCUGUUGACAGUGUUUCUCCAUUUCCUGCACUUCGGAAUGAUUUCGUUAGACGAAAAAUAUCCUCUUGAAAUUAAUCACUGCUUUAAUAGUCCCUGAAAGACACGAGCACCCUUAUAUUUUAACGUAAUCUCAAGUGCAGGAGAGAGAGAAGAAAGAUUACAGAUAAGAACGAAUGAACGGGAUCUGUUAUGGUUGGGUCCAGUUUCCUCUCAAACACCAAAAUUAUUUUUUUUUAUUUCAAAUCAUAAUUAACAGUUUGUAAGACUUGCCAAGAAUUGUUUGAAGAAUUGCCAAGAAUUGGCUCGAGGUUUGUCAAGAAUUGUUUUAAGGCUCGUCAACAAUUAUAUGGAGAGAACAAUGGUUGUGAAGUUUUCGUCAGUGCUCACCUCACUGUCAUGCAGAAGCAUUGUGAAUUAGAGGUAAUGAAAAGAAGUAAAUGUACUGUACGAUUAAAUAACAGAGAAAAUCGCAGUCGGUUUUGGAAGAAGAAGAAGAGUUAAGUCUAAAACGAUAGAGAAGGGCGGAUCUUUUCCUCCAUCUCCAAUCCUCUUUCCUUUUAACACAACACCUUCGCCUUUCCACCUAACUGAUACUGUCUUUUCCUCGGGAAAUAAUAUUUCAUUUUACGCCACUCACCGAUGAAUUCAGCAUUACGGGAACCUGACAAUCUACCAGAGAAGAGGACGAUAAAAACAAUGAUAAGAAUGACUUCUCUGAGGAAAGGAAAAGGUGCAAAGUAGUGGCUAAAAGAAAUCGUGAUAGGAAGUGGCACUCAAAUGGUUUCGGAAAGUUUUACAGUGAUUGACAAGCAACUCAUAAGAAGAAAUAUAUGUGUGUGUCUAUAUAUAUAUAUAUAUAUAUAUAUAUAUAUAUAUAUAUAUAUAUAUAUAUAUAUAUAAGAAUCGAACAGAGGGGCGCUGUUGUUUCAGAUCGUCUCCCAACUCUCAUAUUCCCGAAUCAAUGAUUUUCCUGUGAUACAUUUCCAUGUGUAGUUUGGAAUAAACAAAAAAAAGCACAAAAAAAUAAAUAAAUAAUAAUAAUUAAUUAAUAGAUAUAGAUGAGGAUCUUUGCAAAGGAGCAAUUAUCUUCUCUUCCGUAAUUCAUAAUUGAUUCUUAAUCAUAAGAUAUAAUAAUAUUUAGAAUGAGUAUAUGUUAAUGUGGAUUAUAUUAAUAUCAUUAUUUACUAUAACUAUUUAUGAUAAGGAUGAUGAUAAUGAUAACGACACACACACACACACACACACACACACACACACACACACACAGUAGUUAUAAUCGAGGAUAAUGUUUUAUCUCAGCCGCGAGUUUAUCUCCUUUAUCGUUAUCAUGAUCAAAACACUGACCGUUUCACUACUCGACAUUCCCUACGUCCGGUCUCUCUCUCUCUCUCUCUCUCUCUCUCUCUCUCUCUCUCUCUCUCUCUCUCGUACGGAUGCUUGCUCGCUCUCAUCUAUCACGACCCGUUUCCGGCUGUUCGAGACUUUGUACUAAUUAAUACAUCGUGUUGAGUCAUCCCUGCACUACGGUUUCUUUAUGAGAGAAUAACUGUUCCAUACCGUUUCACUUUGUAGGGACUGACGAAAAAGUUUAUUUUAAUGUAACAGACAAGGCAAACAUCAACGAAAUGGGCUCUCUCUCUCUCUCUCUCUCUCUCUCUCUCUCUCUCUCUCUCUCUCUCUCUCUCUCUCUCUCCACAC